AUGAUUUCCUCAUUCAUCUUGAAUGAGAAGCACAAGAUAGCUCGGGCAAAACUUGUGAAGAAGCAACAAAUUCAGAAGGAGAAGGAACUAAAGAAAAGGAUGAUGACUAUAACCCCUCAGCAGUUGUUGCAGUUGCAAAAUGGAAUUCACCAGCUGUCUAAAGAAUACGAGAGACAAGCCAACCAUUGUUGUGGUGUGAAAGAUCGAUUCAUCACUACCUCAACCAAAGUGGUAGAAGACCACAACAAGAGAGAAGCUGCCAAGUUUGGCAUGACACCACCUACAAGUUCCUCAGCUCCACCUCCAAUAGCACAGGCCAGUGUGACUGCGCCUUCGUCUACUAAAGAGGCUGCCAGGGAAACUGAAGAAGUUGCACCUGAAGAAACUAAAAGGGCAAUGGAUAAUGUUGCGCCUGAAGAAAUUCCAAGGGCGACUACAAGUGUUGUGCCUGAAGAAUUUGCCAGGGUGACUGCAUCAGUCACGCCCGAUGAAACUUGCUCCAACAAGUACAUCAGCAGCAGCUCCAACAUAGUCUUCAUCUUUGAAGCUUAUCACCAUUCCUUCUGCUUCAGAAACGAAGAAGACAAAGGCUGUUGA